AUGUUGACAGUUUAUGUGCUUAUGUACUCGGUUUAGAAACUCCGUGUAACGUCCAUAGUAGAUCGAACUUGGCAAACCGAAACAAACCAUUAAAAUUGUCGACCUCGCCCGCAAGCCGGAUUGCGAUUUGACCAACUAUAUGAAUCGAACAACAAUUGGGAACGAUUGAGUAUUAUUUCGCCGUGUCGGUUCUCAAUCCGGGUGGGCUGGCUUGAACGUCAACACCACUCCCAUCCAUCCAUCAAUCCAUCAUCAAUCCAGAAGCACCAUGGUGGUGGACUUGGACGUGAUCGAGAAGCGCUGUGAACGCCUCGAAACACUCGUGUUUGGCGGCUCACCCGCCCCCAGCCGACAGGACACACAACCCCCGACCUUGGGACCCAGCUCGGCCUCGCCGGUCUCCGGUGAGCCCGAGACGGGCAGUGCCUUGGGCCGUCUCUCAACUCUGAUGGCAGUCAGUGGCUCGUCCGUGGGCUCGCGGGACCGCAUCCAGCCCCUCCUUCGACGGCUGCCCGAGUUAGAGACCUAUCUGGCACCUUCAUUCUUGGACGAGGAGGCCCACUUGAGUGCGGCCGUCAAGGCCGACCUCGUGUUGGCCCACCAAGGCCAGCUACGCACCGCCGCCCACACCUGGGAGCGCCUCCGCUCAGCUCGCGCCAGUCUGGAUGCCAGUGGGCCCAUGGCCGAGCGUUUAGAUCCCUUACAGACCCGGUUGCGGCGGGUCACGCUCCAGCAUCUGGCCCAGGACGAAGGGGCCACCGAGGUGGAGCGGCGCACUUGGGACGCCAUUGCUGAUUAUAAUCGCUUGAUGGGCACGUUGUCCGAGAACUUUUGCCUCUACGACCGGACCGUCAGUCAGCGUUUGGAAUGAUGACUUGGUCGCACGAUUGGCCAAUCAUGAUGCCUGCUGGUAGUCGGACACACACACGUACGGAUUCUCUCGUAUACUGAUCUGUAUUUGAACUUUUGCUUCUUCCUCUGUCAAUUAUCGAUAUCUUUUAAAUCUAGAGAUGAAUGGAAACAGACAUCAAAAAUAGAUAUUUAUAUAUAUAUA